ACUUGGUCCUCACUCACACAGUACCGGACAGACAGAGGCCUCUCACACACGAGGACAACACCAAAGCAGACAAAAUGGUCAAAGUUGGCAUUAACGGAUUCGGCCGUAUUGGUCGUCUGGUGACCCGUGCUGCCUUUCACUCCAAGAAGGUGGAGAUUGUGGCCAUCAAUGAUCCCUUCAUUGACCUGGACUACAUGGUGUACAUGUUCAAGUAUGACUCCACCCACGGAAAAUACAAGGGUGAGGUGAAAGCUGAGGGUGGGAAGCUGGUCGUUGAUGGACAUGCCAUCACCGUUUUUUGCGAGAGGGACCCAGCCAACAUCAAGUGGGGUGAUGCUGGUGCACAGUAUGUUGUGGAGUCCACUGGUGUCUUCACCACCAUUGAGAAGGCCUCUGCUCACUUGAAGGGUGGUGCCAAGAGGGUCGUCAUCUCUGCCCCCAGUGCUGAUGCCCCAAUGUUUGUCAUGGGUGUCAACCAUGAGAAAUAUGACAACUCCCUUAAAGUAGUCAGCAAUGCUUCCUGCACCACUAACUGCCUGGCUCCUCUGGCCAAGGUCAUCAAUGAUAACUUUGUCAUCAUUGAAGGUCUUAUGAGCACCAUCCAUGCCAUCACAGCCACCCAGAAGACAGUCGACGGUCCCUCUGGUAAGCUGUGGAGGGAUGGCCGUGGUGCCAGCCAGAACAUCAUCCCGGCCUCCACCGGUGCUGCCAAGGCUGUGGGCAAAGUCAUUCCUGAGCUCAAUGGCAAACUGACUGGUAUGGCUUUCCGUGUCCCCACUCCCAACGUGUCCGUGGUGGACCUGACUGUCCGUCUGGAGAAGCCUGCCAAAUAUGAUGACAUUAAGAAGGUGGUCAAGGCUGCAUCUGAAGGACCCAUGAAGGGAUUUCUGGGAUACACAGAACACCAGGUGGUGUCCACAGACUUUAACGGAGACACUCGCUCCUCCAUCUUCGACGCCGGUGCAGGAAUCGCCCUGAACGAUCACUUUGUGAAGCUGGUGACCUGGUACGACAACGAGUUCGGCUACAGCAACCGUGUCUGUGACCUGAUGGCCCACAUGGCCUCAAAGGAGUAAAGCAAACCUGCACCUGACGAGUUGGUUGUUCUCAACGGAUUACACACUGCUCCGAGUGCCGAGCGAGUUGAAGACCAAUUACACUUUCUUUUUUUUAUAUGGACGCGCCCUGUUCUGUUUGUGUGAGGAUCAGAGUGUGAAGACACAAUCAGUCUAAUAAAAUCUGACUGAAUGAAA